AUGCUGGACAACGUCGACCACAUCGUGCUGGUGCUGUCGGGCAAAGGUGGCGUGGGGAAGUCAUCAGUAACCACGCAGCUGGCGCUCACGCUCGUCCGCCAGGGCUACAAGGUCGGCGUGUUGGAUAUCGACCUCACAGGCCCGUCAAUGCCCCGGAUGUUUGGCAUAGAGGAAGGCAAAAUCCACCAGUCGUCCAAGGGCUGGGUCCCCGUUUACUACGACGAGUCCAAGAAGCUGGCUGUGAUGUCGCUUGGGUUUUUGCUGGGUGACAGGGGCAACAGCGUUGUGUGGAGGGGACCCAAGAAAACAGGCAUGAUCCGCCAGUUUAUCAAGGAUGUUCAAUGGGAGCACCUAGACUAUCUGCUUGUGGACACGCCUCCGGGCACCUCUGAUGAGCACAUUGCCAUUGCGGAGGAGUUGAGAUACUGCGACAACGUGGAUGGUGCGGUUGUUGUGACGACGCCGCAGCUGGUGUCGAUUAACGACGUGAGGAAGGAGCUGAAUUUCUGCCAAAAAGUGAAUUUCAAGGUGCUGGGGCUGGUGGAGAACAUGUCAGGGUUUGUAUGUCCGCAUUGUGCGGAGUGCACCAAUAUUUUCAGCUCGGGUGGGGGCGAGGCGUUGGCGAAGAGUUUGGAUCUGCCGUUUUUGGGGAGCGUUCCGAUUGAUCCCACAUUCAACGAGCUAAUAGAGAGACAAAACGAGUGGAAAGAGCGUGGGGACCUAAUGACCUUGUACGGCGAAAGUACACUGAGCGACAUAUUCGAGAACAUGGCGCAACAGUUGGGAUGGAUAAAAGCUACUUAACGUACCCACGCAACGUGGUGGACACAUCGUGGUCUAAUUGCGGCGACGUCGCGGUAGCGACAGUUUGCGAAAUUUGUGUGACGGGCUCCUCGUGGACCAGCAAGUGGGUCGGGUUAUGGAUUCGCGUUAUGCUGGUGGACCGCUGUCUGCGUAGUUCCCCUAUCUCCUGCUCGAGACUUAAAAACUGCUGCUCUUUCAGCGGGCUCGUUUCCCUUGCGUCCUUGCGCAUGCCAUACUGGUACAGCUCUUUGUAAUGAUCAUAAUGGAACGUUUUUGCGUCGAAUAACCGGUCUUUCAGCUGCAUCAUUUUUUCUAUUCGCUUGAUUUUUGUCACGAGACGGUCAGUUCGCUCUUUUGAGGAGGCAAAGUGCUGCGCAACAUCAGCCAUCUCAGAUUCCAGCCAUCUUAUCUGGUCCAUGUAUCUCGUCCUAUCGACAGCUUUAAUGCUCUCAUAACUGCGUUGCACACGGUCCAGCCUAUCCAUCACCUCUUCCUUCUCUAUGCUAAUAAUUUGCUCACAUUGCGUGUCCAGGUCCUUUGUGUAGCACCUGCUUACUCGCAAUAUUGCCUGUGUCAAAUCCCGCUGCGCCUCGGGUACAGCUUUCAGGAGAUUGUGCAGUUUGAACUCCUCGAGAGACGGUAAUGUGUCGUCCGACAUAAAAAUAAGCUAAUUUAUUUUCAAAGUUAUGCUUUUUCCGGGGCUACUCACCUUUUCUGGGUGCUGCACCAAUGUGAUCUCCAUGGAGCUGAUUUCUCAGCUGAAACCGGUGCCAUCGAACCUUAUAACUGCGUUUCAAUACCUGUUCAUCUCGCUGGCCGUGGCUCCUUUUCUGCCUCGAAAUAACCACAGACGUCCUCCGUUCCAAUAUUUUUUGACCACCUCGCUCUUUUUCCUCUGUGCUAUUGCCAACAACCUGGCCUUCAAGUACGGCAUUUCUGUUCCUGUGCACAUCGUGAUGCGGUCGGCAUCGACACCGUUGACUGUGAUCAUUGGGUCGCAAUUUUUUGGCAGACGCUACUCUAUAUAUCAGAUCGCCGGUGCUAUCAUUUUGUCCGCUGGUAUAACUAUAACCACACUCUCCGAAGAAAAAGCUGACUCCGGACAUUCAGUCACCCUAGCAGGCCUGCUUCUCGUGCUCGCAUCCACGCUUCUGGGCGUUGUCACCUCGUUUUGGAAUAACAAAAUCAUGCUCACACAGAAACUCAAUUGGGUUCAGACGCUCUUCUACACCCACUUCUACGGCCUGCCAUCUCUACUUUUAAUUAGCAACGGCAUAUUUGCCGAACUACAACUGUAUGGACGUUCCUCUGACUUUUGGCGGUUUGCAGUGCUCAACACCGGCACACAGCUCGUGUGUGUCACGGGAGUCAACAUGCUGGCCCAGAAAACCGACCCGCUGACGCUCGGUGUUGUGCUACUUCUGCGCAGAUUUGCCUCGUUUGUUAUAUCGUUGGUGUUUUUCAACCAUAACUUGGGCUCACUGGGUUAUAUGGGCAUGCUCACGGCGUCUGUGGGGGCCCUCAUCUAUCAACUAGACGAUAGACUAAGUAAAAUGAAAUAACGCAUAAAAUCCUUUAUAUACCCACCACAACCGUCUGGAGCUCGGAGUACUCAGCAAGUCCGUACUUGCUGCCCUCUCUGCCAAACCCACUUUCGCCCACACCCCCAAAUGGCAGCGCGGCUUCUGAGAUCAGACCUGUGUUGACCCCCACCAUUCCAGCCUGAAGCUUCUCGGCCACUCUCCAGGCCUUGCUGUUGUUUUCCGUGUAAAAAUAGGCCGCCAGGCCGACCUCUGUGUUAUUGGCCUGCUGCAAAACCUCCUCCUCGGAGGAAAACCGUAUAACUGGUGCUACAGGACCAAACGCCUCGGUGUGGAAAAUAUCCAUGUUCGGCGUCACGUCGCUGAGUAGCGUGAGAUCGUAAAACAGAGCCCCAAGAUCAGGCCGUCUGCGGCCACCGCGGACAACCUUGGCCCCAUUUUUCACAGCAUCCUCCACCAGUGCCUCCACUUUCGCAAGGGCGUUUUCGUGAAUCAGCGGGCCAUGCGUGACAGAAGGAUCGAUUCCAGGACCCAUGCGAGUGUUCUUAUCGAUUAGAUCUGCCACCAUGUCAACAAACUCAGCAUAAACCUUAUCAUGAACAAAAAUGCGGUUCGCACACACACACGUCUGGCCCGAAGAGCGGAACUUGCAGCUCAUCAAACCGGCAGCCGCCUUUUCCAGAUCCGCAUCUUCAAAAACCACAAAUGGCGCGUUUCCACCGAGCUCCAUCGACAGCCGCUUGAGCGUGCUGGAACUCUGCUCCAUUAGCAGUUUGCCCACGCGGGUAGAGCCCGUGAAAGAUACUUUCUUCAAAUCCGGCGACUUACAGAAAAGUUCCCCCACCUUGGCAGUCUUGCUAUGCGCAACAGGAACAAAAUUCACCACACCGUCAGGCACACCGGCUUCGACACCAAGCACAGCCAUUGCCAUUGCAGACAUCGGUGUCUCUGCUGCAGGCUUGAUCACCGAGGUGCAGCCAGCCGCCAGGGCGGCGCCCAGCUUGCGUGUGAUCAUGGCAAGCGGGAAGUUCCACGGUGUGAUGAUCCCCACAGGACCGACCGGCCGCCAUUGUGUGUACAUGCGGUUCGAAGGUGUUGCCGAAGGGAUUGUGUCUCCAUAGCAACGCACGGCCUCCUCGGCAAACCACUUGAAAAAACUGGCAGCGUAGCGUACUUCGCCAAGACUGUCUGCCAGGGGUUUGCCGUUUUCGAGCGUGACUAGCCGCGCAAGGUCUUGUUCGUGCUCUAACAUCAGAUGGUGCCAGUUGGAGAGAAUCCGGGCGCGUGCAUGGACAGGCACCGUGCGGUAGUCAUCGAACGCCCGCGCAGCAACACAAAUUGCAAAUUCGACCUCUUCCAGAGGCGUGUCGCUAACCUGGGCAAGCACCUGCUGAUUGGCCGGGUUGACCACGUCAAAGCCCGGAAACUCCUUGAACUGGCCGUUUAUGAGCGCACGGGGCUCCACAAGCCUAUCGCGCGCACACAGUCCGGACAAUUGCCGACAAAAACGCAGUGGCUUCAUGGCUUCAACAAAAUAAUCGUCGCGACGGACUUUUUACUCCAAAUAAUUCUUAUUGUUAGCAUUGCGUCAAAGCCAUGGUAUCUACUUCUGCUGCUGUUGGCUGCGCGGUGGGCAUUCCAGCCGGGCUGGUUAUUAUCUUUGUCUCUGCCCUACUUAUCAGACAGCACAUGAGAGAGAAGAAGGAGGACAAGAUCGCAGCAGAGGUGCCGGAGGAGGAAUUUGUGCCGAGACAGGAGAAGGACGACGGCGAUUAUUUGGACUCCGUGCCAGUGCUGGAAGGGUCUACAUACGUGAAACAGCUUCAUGGAGAGUCGCGGUUUAGAGAGGAAACUGUGAGGGACGCCAAUCUGACCAGUUCGUUGGUGUGAACACAAUGAGAUAUAGGUACUACACGGCAUAAUACGGAGGAUAUAAUACGCAUAUAUACAAGCAUAAUGUAAAGUAUUGACUUAGGUGGGGGGCCGAGCGAUUGCAAGAUGCUAUUAUGGAUUUCCGGCUUUAUUUCUAAAACUCCAGAUUAACACUCGUAUCUUGCAGCAGGUCCAUCGUUGUGCCGUCGUCGAAAAUAAGCCGCCAUUCCUCGAUCUGGAAGCUGUCGCCGCGCGAGGCUCUCGCAGCCUUCAACUUCAUCAGCGCCCCGGCCUUGUCGCCGGCCACACGGACCUCGACGUCGAUGUUGCCCUUCAUGGUGUUGAGCUCACCUCUGAUCCACGGGAAAAUGCCCUCAAAGGUGAUCGAUUUGCCCAGCUUCGAGCGCGCAUUCUCCGAUCUCCUGAGGAAGUACAUUGUGGCGCUCAUCACCGGCGACGAAACCUUUUCGUAAUUGAAUAUUCCAAAGAGCGACACGCCCAUCACGAUCCAGAACCCUAUAAACACCCUUCUGUUGCGUCUUUUUGUGGCAAACGGGUCGGGCAGCUCGUCGUUGACGGUCAUUGGUCUGUUUUGCUUCGGUGUCUCUUCCUCCACAACCGGGGGAGGGAAGUGUUUGCUUUCGAAAACGGGCGUCUUCGUCUGCGUCAGACGGACCGCAGUGUACCGGAUGCCCGAUUUAUGGCUAACUAACGGCCUAGAGAAAAGUCUCAACAUGAUAAAUCAGACUAAAUU